AGCGAACACCCCUUGCAUCUUCCUGAGAGUUCUACGCGAAGGGGCUUCCGAUAUCCUUUACCCCGUCUCUCUGUCUCUGAGUUUUAUCUGAGACCAACUCUCCAAGCCCUAAUUCCCUUCUCUACAGAGAAAUUGCAACUUAUAAAAACCCUAAACUCCAAUUCGACAGUGGCGAGAAGAUGACGAAGUCAUGCAGCACCGGAGGCGCCACUGCUUUGCGGAGUACUCGGUUGUUGAAGGCGGUGCUACCACACAGCAGGCCCCAGAGAAGUCGCCAGGGUCCCAGAUCGGUUCUUCUCUGCCCAACUCCGUCACUCUGCUCGACAUCCAGCGGACCGCCUUACCGAAAUUGCUGUGACCAAUUGGUCCAUGCCUGGCGGCGAUGAGACUCCUGAAGAUGCCGGUUAGUCCAUUGGUUGGUGAACGAGAUUAAGGAGACGGGGUUACCGGUGAGGGGCAGCCGGAGGCUCGCCCCCUUUAGGGUGUGAUUAUUUUGGAGGUGAGCCAGUACUGGGAGAAUUACCUGUGGCCCAAUUUCGACCCUGAGGCGGACGUUGGAUGUCGAUGACACUCAUGAUCAAUGAAAAGCAUCUGCUUUGCGAGAUUGAUGUGAUUGUUUCGUUUGGUUGGAGAGAAGAUAUGGAAGGAAAAAGUGAAGGCCUAGCGAUUGGGAUUGACCUUGGAACAACUUACUCCUGUGUUGGUGUGUGGCGACAUGGUCAUGUUGAUAUAAUUCCCAAUGAUCAGGGCAAUAGGACAACACCAUCUUGCAUUGCUUUCACCGAUACAGAGCGUUUGAUUGGUGAUGCUGCCAAGAAUCAGGUCGCCGGGAAUCCUACCAACACUGUGUUAGAUGCUAAGCGUUUGGUUGGAAGAAGAUACGGUGAUCCCUCAGUGCAGAGUGAUAUCAGGAUGUGGCCUUUCAAGGUUAUAGCUGAUCCUAGUGACAAGCCAAUGAUUGUUGUCUCGUACAAGGGUGAAGAGAAGCAGUUUGCUGCUGAGGAGAUCUCUUCGAUGAUCCUCACAAAAAUGAAAAAGAUUGCAGAGGAUUACCUUGGCACCACGGUGAAAAAUAAUGUUGUUACAGUACCUGCCUGCUUCAACGAAUCUCAGAGACAGGCAACAAGAGAUGCUAGUGUUAUAGCUGGUCUUAAUGUCUUGCGUAUCAUCAAGGAGCCAAUUGCUGCUGCCAUUGCUUACGGGCUUGAUAAGAGAGCUGACAGUGUUGGUGGAAAAAACGUGCUUAUCUUUGAUCUUGGUGGUGGGACAUUUGAUGUUUGUCUCCUAAACAUUGAAGAGGGUAUUUUUGAGGUCAAAGCUAUUGCCGGUGACGCGCAUUUGGGAGGUGAAGACUUCGAUAACAGAAUGUUGAACCACUUUGUGCAGGAGUUCAAGAGGAAGCACAAGAAAGACAUUAGUGGGGACGCAAAAGCACUGAGGAGGUUGAGAACAGCUUGUGAGAGGGCGAAGAGGAUUCUCUCGUCGACUACUCAAACUACAGUAGAAAUUGAUUCUGGGUAUGAAGACGUUGAUUUUUGUUCAACCAUUACUCGAGCUAAGUUUGAGAAGCUGAACAUGGGAUUAUUCAGGAAGUGCAUGGAGCCCGUUAAAAAGUGUUUGAGGGAUGCGAAAAUGGACAAGAGCAGCGUUCAUGAUGUGGUUCUCGUUGGUGGAUCUACUAGAAUUCCCAAGGUUCAACAAUUGUUGCAGGACUUCUUCGAUGGGAAGGAGCUCUGCAAAAGCAUUAACCCUGAUGAAGCUGUCGCUUAUGGUGCCGCUGUUCAGGCUGCCAUUUUGAGUGAUGAGAACAAUGAGAAUGUGCGGGAUCUGUUGUUGAUAGAUAUCACCCCUUUUUCUCUUGGAGUAGAGACUGACGGAGGAGUAAUGACUGUUGUCAUUCCAAGAAACAGCACCAUUCCUACUUCGAAAGAGAUGCUGUUUUCGACGUGCCAUGAUGACCAGCCUGAAGUGUUGAUUCAAGUGUAUGAGGGGGAGAGAACCAUGGCCAGUGACAACAACUUAAUGGGUAGUUUUGUGUUUUCAGGAAUUCAUUCAGGUCCAAGGGGUGCCCCCAAGGUUAACAUUUGUUUCAAUAUUAAUGUCAAUGGUAUUCUGAUCGUCUCUGCUGAGGACAAAACUACAGGGCACAAGAACGAAAUCACCAUCACCAAUUACGUGGGUCGGCUGUCCACUGAGGAGAUCCAGAAGAUGAUUCAAGAGGCUGAGACUUACAAGGCUGAGGAUGAGGAGCGGAAGAAGAAGGUGGAGGCAAAGAAUGCAUUGGAGAGCUACGCCUACAACGCUAGGAGGAAAAUCAAGGAUGAAGAAAACAUUGGCCCCAGACUCUCUGCUCCUGACCAGGAGAAGAUUGAAGAUGCGGUCCGACGAACAAUUCAGUGGGUCGAGGAGAACGAGCUUGCUAAGGCGGAUGAAUUUGAGAACAAGAUGAAAGAACUGGAAAGCAUCUGCAAUCCCAUCACUGCGCAGGUGUAUGAGGGUUCUGGCGACAAUAUUAGAGGAGGUAUGGAUGUAGAUCCACCUUCUGCAGGUGAAUGAAGUGGUCUUAUUUCUUUCUAAAUGAUGCCAAGUGUAAUGACUUUUUAUUUUUAUUUUUGAUUGGGGAUUUCUUAUUUUUAUUUUUGCCUUUUGAGAUAUUUUAUACAUCUUGUCUCACUCUCA